AUGUUUACGUUUUCCCUACUAACACCAGGGAAAAAUGACCAUUCAUUUAAAGCAGGAUUACUUGCAUUUGAUCAUGAAUAUAAAAUACUAGUGGAUCCAUCAUGGAAUGGAGAAGAUCCGUCAAUUAUAAGUUUUUUAGAAAAAGAAUUGACAACAGUUAAUGCAAUAUUAAUAUCACAUUCUGGAGUUUCAUAUAUUAGUGGAUUGAUUUUAUUAGUUACUAAAUAUCCACAUUUGAUGGCAAAUAUACCCGUGUACUCAACAUUACCAGUAAAUCAAUUAGGUAGAAUUUCAACAGUUGAAUAUUAUAGAUCUCAAGGUAUAUUAGGACCAAUACUAUCGAAUUUAAUAGAAUUAGAUGAAAUAGAUUAUUGGUUUGAUAAAUUUAAAAUUGUGAAAUAUCAACAAAAUAUAACAAUAUGUGAUGGGAAAAUAUCAAUAACUCCUUAUAAUUCAGGUCAUUCAUUGGGAGGUACUUUUUGGUUAUUAGUUAAAAAAUUGGAUCGUAUUAUAUAUGCACCAAGUUGGAAUCAUUCAAAGGAUUCAUUUUUAAAUAAUGCAAAUUUCAUUAAUUCAUCACUGGGUAAUAUUCAAGUAUCAUUAUUAAGACCAACUGCAUUUAUUACAUCUGCAAAUUUUGGAUCUUCAAUGUCUCAUAGAAAAAGAUGUGAGAAAUUUCUACAAUUAGUUGAUGCAACUUUAGCAAAUGGAGGUGCAGCAAUAAUACCGACCUCAAUUACAAGUAGAUUUUUGGAAGUGUUUCAUUUAGUUGAUGAACACUUGAAAGGUGCUCCAAUACCUGUCUAUUUCUUAUCAUAUACAGGUACAAAAGUUUUAAGUUAUGCAUCAAAUUUAUUAGAUUGGAUGUCACUGAAUUUUCAUGAAAAUUGGAAUAAUGAUAAUUCAACAACUUCAAAUAAUAUGAAUUUCCUACCUUUUAAUCCUGGGAAAGUUGAUUUAGUAAUGGAUCCAAAUGAGUUAAUUCAAAUGCCUGGUUCAAAGAUUAUUUUUUGUUCCGGAGCUGAUAUGAAAAAUGGAGAUUUAUCAAGUAAAGUAUUUUCAUAUUUGUGUAAUAAUGAAAGAAACACAGUUUUAUUAACAGAAAAACCGUCAGGAGAUGACAAAUCAGGUUUGACUAAUGAUUUAUAUACCGAAUGGGUUAAAUUAUCAAAAGAAAGAACUAAUAAGGUGGUUGAUGGAACGGCAGUUCCAUUGGAAAAAGUUAUAAAUUUAAAUGAUUGGACUAUAGAGGAAGAAGCAACAGGUGAGGAACUAACAGAAUUUCAAAACAAAAUAACUCAAAAGAGAAAAGAAAAAUUAAUGGCUAAAGUUAGAGAUCAAAAAAUACAAAAUUUAUUAAAUACUGAUACAAGAUUAGACGCUGAGGAUUCAUCAGAUGAUGAUGAUGUAGAAGAGACUGAAGAAAAUGCCGCUAAAAAGGCAGGUGAAAUUUAUGAUUCAAAACUGAAGAAAGAAAAAACUCAAAUGUCUACUACAAAAGAAGUUGAUGAAUUAAUACAACAUGAAGCAUUUAUGAUGGAAAAUAUUAAAACCAGUUUUGAAAAACAUUUACCUAUAGAUAUAAAAAUUACUCAUAAAUUAAAGCCAAGACAAGCAAUGUUUCCUUAUUUCCCAGUAAGAAUUCAAAUUGAUGAUUAUGGUCAAGUUAUAAAUGCAAAAGAUUUUGAAAAAAAUGAUGAGAUUUCAAAUGCAAAAAUCAUAAUGGAAGCAAAGAGGAAAUUUGAUGAAAAAAGAAGAAAAAAUAAAGAUAAGGAACAUAAUAAAAAUAAAAAAGAAAUGGUUAAUAAAUUAACACCACAAGAACAAGUUAAUCAAAAUUUAUUAACUAAAUAUUUGGAUACUUUAACAAAUCCUUUAAAAAGAGUUAAAGUUUCCAAUAGAUCGGGAACUCAAACUCAAAUAAAAAUAAGGUGUGGGUUAGCCUUUGUUGAUUUAGCAGGAAUAGUAGAUUUAAGAUCUUUGGGGAUUAUUAUCCAAUCCAUUAAACCAUACAAUUUAAUACUUUUACCAGAUCAAAUUGAAUCAUCAGAAAAUUUAAAACGAGUUGAAAAAUUCUUCGAACAUCAACAAACCGAAAUAAAGAUAGAAGAUACCAAAAAGCAAAUUAUAAAUGCAUCAAGGUAUUUAUCAUUAUCUGCUAUAAGGGAUGGAUUAUCAAGUGCUAUAUCCCCAUAUUCAAGUGGUAAAAUGAAUGUAUUAGUUGCUGAAGAUAAUCAUCCAAUCAAAAUAGGUCAUGAUACUGAAAAUGGUGAUCUCAAUGGUAAUGAUAUUAUAGGUGUAAAUAAUUUUGAAAUGAGUUUAGAUGAUGCAUUAGUUUCUACCUUGAGGUGGAAAUCAAUUGGUGACAAUUAUAGAGUUGCAAAAUUAUAUGGUGAAUUAGAACUUAUGAAUCCAGAGGAAAAAGAAGAACAACAAAAAGAUGAAGAAGAACAGUCUCCACCUCCUAAGAAGAGAAAAACAGCCAUAAAAGAUUAUCUCAAUUCAAAUACACAAUUCACUUUAAAAAUUGCAUCUCCUUCAUUAACACCAAUUUUAAAAGAAAAUUCAAUAGAAUCCAAACUAUUACAAAAUUUACAAAAUUCAAAAUUAGCACAAAUAAUUUCUAAAAACGCUCCAAAAUUAGCAAUAGGUAAUAUCAAAUUACCAGAUUUGAAAAAAAACUUACAACAACUAAAUUUAAAUGUUGAAUUUAAAAGUGAAGGUACUUUAGUAGUAAAUGAUUGUUUAGCUAUUAGAAAAAUUGCAUAUAGUGGAUCAACAAAUGGUUCAUCCAUGGGUAAUGAUGAUGAAAAUGGUGAUAUUGUAAUUGACGGUAAUGUUGGUCCUUUAUAUUAUAAAGUUAAAGAUUGUAUAAAAGAAAUGUUAGCAUAUGUAUAG